AUGCUCUCUGCUGGUAACAGCGUAUCGGCCAACGGCCGAGGAUCAUCGACUCCGUUUCAUGAUGAAGACUCAAGCUAUAAAGUCGUCCUGCCAUGUCUUCCAACCGGUAACGAUGUUUUGAAUUCCGUUUUCCUUCAUGCCGACUUGAAUGGUAGGCCGUACCAUGCACCAGACUUCCGUGACGCGCUGCUUAAAGUGGUGAGCACAGCGGACAUUAUUGGAGUUGGCCAGUAUCAAAUGAGCCAUGUAUGGAUGGUUACGUGUGCAAACAGCAUGGCGAAACAAAAACUCGUCACUUGCGGUGAGCUCCGUGUAAAAGGGCUGAAGUGCAUGGUGCUAGAUCCGGAGACCAAGAAUAUUAGGCUGAAACUACUUUGGCUUCCGCCUCAUCUUGAAUCGCGACGUGUUGAAGAGGCGUUCCUAGCUUACGGCGUUGUGAAGUCCGUUGAAAGAGAGGCAUGGAAAUGUGCAGGAAUGAAACAAUGGAUGACAACAAAUAGAGACGUUGCCUUGGAGCUCAAGGACACCAUCACUGUGAGCUCAAUACCACCCCUUAUGUCAAUCUAUGGCCACCAAUGCCUCAUACUUAUUCCCGGUAGGCCUUCACUGUGUCUUCGGUGCAAGCGAGUGGGGCAUGUACGACGACAGUGCAAAACACCGAGGUGCUUGCAAUGCCAGCGUUUUGGUCACUCGUCGGAUGCCUGCGUGUCGACUUAUGCCAACAAACUCCGUUCUGGCCAAGGCACAGAAGACCAACGUCUCGAUCAUCUUACGGAUAUCACUGAGGUAGUUGAUGCGACAGAAGCACUCUCACUGCUGGACUUUAUUCCACGCACAGUGACCACUCUGGUGUUACACGUGGGUACAAAUGACAUAGCCUCCUCCUCAGCCACUGUAGUGUUUCAAAAAUACAAGGACAUGGUGAGCCGAAUCGUGGAGCAGCGGCCGGAGAUUAAAAAGAUCUUCACCACAUUGGUGCUACCGAGGGCCCCAGACCGCAGGCGCGCGUGCCUCAACCGGCCCUUCGUCGGACGGUUCAACAGAGAAGCGGGCCACUUCAACCACCUCCUUCGAUUGCACUGUCGUCGAAGCGGGACUCUCUUCUACAUCGAUCACGCCUUGGAAUGGCUUCCGCCUGGCCGUGUUCUGGCGGCCGAUGGUAUACACCCAAGUUUUGAGGGUGUUGCCCUCAUCGCCAGCCACCUGAGAUCGCUGCUUCUGCGAAAUAAGGUGAGGUCGCCGUCAACCUGGCUUGACCAUGCACCAUUAGGUCUGCCGGGCCCACCGAGAGAACAUUGUCAUUCCCGGAGUGAGAACCCCAGCAUCCGCGAAACAAGCGGGAUCCCGUGCCGACGAUCAUCACCACGAGCACCGAGGGGUGUUCCUCAUAGAUCAAGAAGCAAGAGCCCCUACAACACGACUCGGGGCCACCCAGAGGCUUCCGGUGACAGCGCUUCUCCCCCACGCAGGGACUGA